AUGUAUACACUCCAUUCCCCUGCUGGCCCUUCCCAAAGCCGCAGGGCGACCGUCGAGGAUCCCGCCGCUCCAUUCUCGGAAGAAGAGAUCAACUCUUUCCGUGCGGGACUUGACGAGACUUUUCGCAUGUUCAUCAACUCAUUGGGUCCGCGGCCUACCCCGGUGACCCCAGAGCACAUGAACUGGGCAUUGCAGCAGGUUGUCGAACCUCUUCCGGAUAUCAGACUCACUGUUGGCUACACAUCAUCUUUCAUCAGAACUCGCCGCUCUGAAUACCAGUCCAGUACAUCUUUCCCUUCAAAGAGACUAUCAGAGAAGAUUGAACAGCUCUUCCUAGACUCAACAGCCAAAAAAAGCGAAGCCAAUCCUUCGUCCCAGCUAAAAGCCCUACCCUCGACAGCACUAGACUCAAUAACGCAAUCCCUCGCAUCUUCCUUUCUGGAGCCAUUUCGCUUGGUAGGACCUGCCGAGAUUGCCCAACUUAUGGUUAACUCGUUAGGUCCACCGCCUAUUGGGGUGAAUCAACAAGCUUGGGCCGACCAGCAACUCGUCGAGCCCUUUCCUGGCGUCUUUGUCUCCAUUACCAGGAUCGCUGCUCCGAUUACCGAGGAGGAAACAGCCUUCUUGAACGCGAAGGUGGCCGAGUCUGCGCCGCUCAACGCUCAGACCAUCACCGCACAGCCUACAUGUAGCCAGCGUCUCGGCGUCCUCGGCGCCAUUGGCAUCUCUUCGGCACGCAAACACUCGUGGUCGGCUGCAACGGCACCUAACAUGAGUCUUAUCGGUGCUCCAAAUUUACCGAGACUGCUCGAGUUGCCAUGA